AAGUGUGUAAAGUUAUUCAGAAGUACUGUCAAAUUUUUCUUUCUGUUAUUGGCACCAAAAUAAAUCAAAUUUCGUUGGCGGGAAUUGAUCUAAUUUUAUAUGGAAAGGGAAAGCUCAAUUCAUUGUGCAAGUUUUACUAGUAUCGAUUCUACAUUUCUUAUAUUUCCAUGGUAAUACGAAUUGGACAUAAUCAAAUUUAGGUGUUGCCCAAAACGUCGAACUUAGAAAAAUACUCGGAAAAAAGUAAUGAAAUGAGGUUAAUUUUCAGUGGUAGUUCGAACUAUGGACCUGGAAAGCGAAAAUAAUGGCUGCACUAAUCAAGAAAGCGAAACUAGCGUUCAAACACUUCAAGCAACACUUUUUCCUUUGAAACCCACAAAUUCAACAAGUUACUUCGCGAAUUUCAUUAUAAAAACGAACGGCGAAGAAGAAGACCUACGAUUCAAAAUUAGAGAAUCGCCCUCAAAAGAAUGGUUUCCAAAUAAUAAAGAAGUGCCUUUCGACGUUCAACCACCUAGAUGGCCAACAGAAUGUCAGGUUUUGGAAGAACGAGUAAAACAUAUAAUAGACUCACCGCCAAGUUACGAACCUUAUUACGUUCCCACUGGUAACGAAUGCCAACCGAAACCGUCCGGUGAGGAAUGUGGAAAAGUUGUUUUUCAAUACACACCGCUCAGUGCCGUCAAUUAUUUUAGCCGAUCUAGCGUAGGUGGAAAUAAAUUUAUUUUGCCUUCGAAUCUUUACCCGGACGAAGAUACGUUGAAGUUCGAAUCGAGAUUCGAAUCUGGUAAUUUGGCAAAAGCCAUCAUGAUAACGCCAAAUUAUUACGAAUUACAACUUAGAUCCGACUUUUAUACUAAUAGACACAUGCAAUGGUUUUAUUUCAAAGUCAGCAAUGUUAAAAAGGGAUUUUUAUACAGAUUUUCCAUAACGAAUUGUUCGAAAGAAAAUAGUUUAUAUAAUGAGGGUAUGAAACCGUUGAUGUACUCUAAAAAAGACUCUCAAUUACAUUGUAUAGGAUGGAGAAGAUGUGGGCAAAACAUAUCAUAUUUCUGCAACGAUAAUGUAAGUGUCGACGAUCCCGAUCAACAAAUGACAUACACCUUAACUUUUACCGUUAAAUUUCCGCACGACGACGACGAAGUUUAUUUGGCACAAAGCUACCCUUACACUUAUUCGGAUCUCCAGGAUUACCUGCUGGAUUUAUCUACGCAUCCAGUCAAAUCCACAUUCACAACAAUCAGACUUUUAUGUAAAACUUUAGCUGGCAACAAUGUUCAAUAUGUUACCAUCACAUCGUCGUCAGUACCCGGAGAACCACCUAAGAAAAAGAGGGCCAUAGUUAUAUCGGCCCGAGUUCAUCCUGGAGAAACUCCAUCUUCGUGGAUCAUGAAAGGCAUAAUGGAUUUUCUUUCGAGCGAUUGCAGCUCGGCUAAAGAAUUAAGAGACAAAUUUAUUUUCAAAAUAGUGCCAAUGUUGAAUCCGGACGGUGUUAUAGUUGGAAACAAUCGGUGUUCUUUAUCUGCCAAAGAUCUAAACAGACAAUACAGAACUGUCAUAAGAGACGCUUAUCCUUCCAUUUGGUAUACCAAGUUGAUGAUUCGAAGACUUUUGGAAGAAUGUGGUGUAGCUAUGUACUGCGAUCUACACGCUCAUUCUAGAAAACACAAUAUUUUCAUAUACGGUUGUGAAAAUAGACGAGGAAGUGAGAAAAAAUUGCACGAACAAGUUUUUCCUUUGAUGUUACAUAAAAACGCUGCCGAUAAGUUUUGUUUCGAAAGUUGUAAAUUUAAAAUACAAAAGAAUAAAGAAGGUACCGGUAGAGUGGUGAUGUGGAUGAUGGGAAUAGCGAACAGUUAUACAUUAGAAACUUCUCUGGCGGGUUCGACUUUGGGCGCCAGAGCCGAUACCCAUUUCAGUAUACAAGAUUUCGAACAAAUGGGCAAAACUUUCUGUCAAACUCUGUUAGAUUUUUACGACGAAGAUCCGAAAAAGGAAAAACUUAGGGUGAAAAUAGUGGAAAGGUUGACUAAAGAAGGGUCGAACGCUGAGGAACCCAUGAAUAUUAAACUUAGUGACUACUCCAGUGAUGAUGGAGAUACUUCUAAUAGCAGUGACGAGGUCGGUAGAGAUUACGACUACGAAGAGGAUGUUCAAUUACCUACGGUACCGCCGUGUUCUCCCGUGGUACUUUUGAAAAAAUCCAGAUCGAAAACUUCAAGGAAAACGGGGCAGCAAAAUAUUCCUAGAAGUCCGACUGUUCCGAGAAAACCGUUACCAAUCUGUAAAGCGAUUUUAAAAUUAUCUCUAUCAGAUAAAGAUAGUACUAAUUCUGAAAGUGAUGAUAGCGAAUCAGAUUCUGAGAAAACGAAGACAAAAAGAUCUAAGAAGAAACGGAAGAAAAAAUAUUCGAAGAAAAAGAAGAAAAAUAAAGAUUUACCGGAAGAAGACGAUAUUAUAGUGAUUGAAUUCGAGGUAAUAAAAACCUAUUUGAAAUUAUAUCGAAAAUUUCUUUUAAUAUCGUUCAAAAUAAGUGAUUUUUUACAGCCUAUUCAAAAAUAUUCCGAAAACGAAAUAUCGAGAACGAAGAGAUCGAUAUCUGUCUUCGAUCUCAUCCCAACCGAGGCUCUGAAGAACCACAUCUUCACGACACCAUCAAGAAAUAAAAUACAGCAAACCAUAAAACAUGGUAAAAAAAAUAACGAAAUUGAUAAACAGCUUACGGAAGUACAAGCGAAAUUAUUUACUUUGAAAAAUAAACUUUGGUUUGGGGUUGGGAAUGGUGAUACGACGUUAUCGUGGGGGAGAAGGAGUUUAACUGAUAAUCAGAAAAAAUCUUAUAAAGAUUCGAAGAAAAGUACGACAUGUAAAAAAUAUCAAAGAAAUAACGAAAGAAAAUCCAGUGGGACAUCAAAAAAAGAUAUCGAAGAAAAUUCAAAAUCGUCUGAAAUUGGGUUCAAAGGCAAAACUUUAGUGAAUUUAGUCGAUCCGAAAGGAAGGUUACGGAAAUCGAAAAGUUUACCGGACGCUUCAUCAUUCGAAAAUAUCCAUAGAACAUCAGCAAGUGCCGAUGAAGAGAAAACCGACGCGAAAAAAAAGAAGAAGAAAAAUAUGAAACUUGUAAAAAAAGUAAAAGUGAUUAAUAACGUGAAAAAUUUCAUUAGGAAGGCUGAUUAACUAUUAUUAGGUGUUACCUUAUUCGUUUUUUUCAAUAUUUUUCCUUUCUGUAAUCUUCUAAAAACGUAAAUGCGAAUUUGUAGUGGAAAAAUGAAAAUGUACUGCCGUAGAUGUGAUACUAUACAUAUUAGUGGACGUAAUAUAAAUUAAAAACAGUUACCGUUGAAAUAAA